GUGAUGGGGGGGCGGGGGGACGAAGCGGAGGGUCGUCGUCGUACGCCGAUCUCGAGCGAGCGUUGCGGUCGACGGAUGAGGAGGGAGGGUCGAGCGCGGCGUGGGACGCGAAUGACGAGUUGUGGUCGCGAGACGCGGCGGUGAUGUUGCGCGCGGCGGAGACGGGUGACGCGCCGCAAGCGAUCGCGUCGCUGCAGCGUAUGAAGAGGACUGGGGAGAGGAAUAACGUGGCGGUGCCGCUUGCGUUUUACAAUCAAACCUUGAGGGCGUGUAAGCGGUCGCGGCCGCCGGCGAGCGACGACGCGACGGCGCUCUUGAGGGAGAUGCGUGAGCAAGGACCGGGUCCGGAUGAGAAAACCUAUCACGAGGUUAUCGCCGCGUACGCUCGAGCGAUCGAGUGGAGGCUGGCCGAACAGACGUUUGAAGAGAUGAAGCGGGAUUUCCGCGGACGCGGCCAGUCGUGGACGCCCUCCGUGCGCGUGUACACCUCUCUCAUCAGCGCCUACGGAAAGGGCGGGCAGUUCGAAAAGGCGAGCGAAUUAUUCGAGAACAUCAUCUCGAACACGCAGGUGCAGUUGGACACGGGCGUGUACAACGCCUUUCUCUCCGCCGCGGUGAACUCUGGACGGUACAAGGACGCCGCCGCGAUUUUUGAGCGCAUGCAAGCCGACGGCGUGCGUAGGAACGUAACGACGUACAACGGCAUGUUGCAAUCGCUCGGCAGACAGCGUCGGAUUCGAGACAUGGAAUCGAUGAGUCAGGCGAUGCAACGCGCCGGGGUCAUGCCGAACGAGACGACGUACACCGCGCUCAUCACAGCGCACGGUAACAGCGGCAACAUCGAUCGAGCGCUCGAGCUGCUGCACCAGGUCGUCAUCGCGCCGCGAUUGCACGCGACCGCUGUCAUAUUUAACAGCGCUCUCGGCGCGUGCGUCAAGACUGGUGACCUCGCCGGUACGCAGCGCGUGUUGAGAGUGAUGGAGUCUGAGGGUGUGCGCGCGACGCUCGUGACGUACAACACGCUCCUAAUGGAAGCGAGCGCCGAGCGAGACUGGCAACGCGCGGCCAAUGUGUACAAAGAGCUCAUCCUCGCUGGUUUCGCUCCGGACGCCAUCACGCUCGACUGCUUGUGCGGUAUCGAAAAGCUUCAGCAGAAGCGAGAGCAAGCGCUCCGCGAAGCGAUCGAGCAAGCGGAGAAGGAUGGGUUCGAUCUCUCUGACAUCGAAAAGCGCAAGUGCGACGUCAACGACACACCGAUCGGUAAUCUCCCAGUGUUGAUACGCGCGAUCGCGGACGAUCCUGCGCUCGAGAACGUGCCCGGAUCGAGCGGCUACGUCAGCGACGCGUUGCUCCGUACACUCGACGUCAACAAUGAAUUUAUUGCAGUGGAGGAAGAGUUUAAUCAUAUGAUGCGGGAGGGCAUUGAUCGAACUGUGCACUCAUACAACUCACUCUUGAUUGCUUACGAGUCACGAAACGAGUGGCAGAAGGCGGGUGAGGCGAUGAAGCAGAUGUCCAGAGAAGGUAUCACGCCCGACGCGCUCACCUUUGACGCCCUCAUCGACGUGUGCGAAGAGAUGGGGCAGUGGGAGCGAGCGACUACAUGGCUCGAGCAAGCGCAAGCUGAAGGUUUCUUCCAAUGUGAGGACGAUUUGGGAGUGUUAGAUUUGCACAGAAUCCGGUCCGCGGGCACGGCGCAGUGCGUAUUACGGUGGUGGCUGCGUCGCAUGCGUCAGCGAGCUUUGGCUCCUCUCGACGUUCGUGCUGCGGGCAAGGGCACGCGUGCGCUCGUAAGUGGUUUAACCGCCGGUAAGAAGUCGAUCCCGGUCGAUAUUCGAGAUCUCCCCGAAGAAAUUCAAGUGGUCACCGGUUGGGGAAAGCACAGCACAGUGUACGGGCACUCACCCGUCAAAGAGCGCGCCGUGGCCACGCUCUCCCGUUUGAACUCUCCGUUCGAGGUCCCAUCGCACAAUAUUGGCUGUCUUGUCGCCGAUCGCGGCGCCGUUCGCGCCUGGCUCGUCCGAGACGAGCUUCUCUCGCUCGUCCGUUUCCUCGGCGGAAACCGCGACGCGCUUCGCCGCAACUUCAAUCCGGAGAGCGGACCCUUGAGCGCUCGCGCAAAGUGA